UUUUUACAAGAUGUGCACACUGUACUCAGGAAAAUAUGGUAAUGAUGCACGGUUUAGUUCACUGGGACGCAACAGCAGGUAUCUUCAGAUCAACAUCCUAGUUUCGUUGACCUGGCAAGGGAGUGUGUCUUUAUGUUUGUUGUCUGCAGUCUGAAGUACUGAUAAUGAAUGUACUACUGGUCAACCAUAGAACUGAAUGUUGUUAUUUCCAAUGUUUGAUGCUGAUUCUGUGACUUACCACAAUCUCUUUUGCCAGGGCAACGUCUACCUCCUGACACAGAUGACCGGCUGGUACGGCUCAAGGGUUCUGUACUUUGGUGACCAUGUGUACAGUGAUCUUGCUGCUGAGAUUGAACAGCAGAACGACCCUGCAUACAAGUCAGCUGUGAGGUGGCUGGUAUCUCUACAACAACUCAUAGAAAAACAUCAGUGUCAGGACAGCCCUGAACAGAGGGAAGUGAUACAGGCAUGGCUGAAGGAGAGAGAUGAUCUCAGAAACUACACGAAAGGCGUGUUCAAUCCACGGUUUGGCAGUCUGUUUCGGACAUACCACAAUCCAACUUACUUCACUCGACGCCUGGCCCGGUUUGCUGACAUGUACAUGUCGAGUCUGACAAACCUGCUCCACUACUCAGUAGACCACUCCUUCUACCCACACCGAGUGUUGCUGCCACACGAACCAGGCCCCUUCUCCAAGUACUGAGUGGAAACAGUACACUGAAAUAAGCAUGUACUAUCAUGGAUCAGACACAUUGGUAAUUCAGUAUUAAAGUCCUCUUGGAAGUAAUGGCCAAGUAAAAGAGCACAUUGACUUUAUUAGUGAUGUGGAAGCAUUGAUGGUCUACUGCAUGAUUAUAUAGGCCUACUUAUGUCAUUGAAACAUUUCACUAGACGCACCUGUGGACAAUACUGGCAUUAAAGCAUUUAUACUUAACUAGUGCUCGGACCUAAUAUUGACAUUGAAGUAUUCGAUGGACUAUUACCUGGACCUGGUACUGACAUUGAAGUAUUGAUGGUCUUUUGCACUGGUACCUGGACCUAAUACUGACAUUGAAGCACUGAUACUCUACUCCGUUAGUACCUGGCCCUAAUCCUGACAUUGAAGCACUGAUGGUUUACUCCGUUAGUACCUGGCCCUAAAACUGACAUUGAAGCACUGAUGGUCUACUCCGUUAGUACCUGGCCCUAAUACUGACAUUGAAGCACUGAUGGUCUACUCCGUUAGUACCUGGCCCUAAUCCUGACAUUGAAGCACUGAUGGUCUACUCCGUUGGUACCUUGCCCUAAUACUGACAUUGAAGUAUUGAUGGUCUACUGCGUUAGUUCCUGGCGCUAAUACUGACAUUGAAUCAUUGAUGGUGUACUGCAUAAGUAUCACAAUAUUUCUACGAAUCCUCUGAAAUGAUGCCCUUUUUUCUCUGCAAAAGAUCCAAUACUUUUGCCAAGAUAUGUACUUCUGUGUCAAUGUAUGUAAUAUAUUUUACCUAUCCUAAUCAGUGGCGGAUCAUAAGUGUUGACCAAUUAACCCUCAGUUGUAUGAAUCUCAUUAUAACGUGACAAAUGUGACCCUGUUCAUUAUGGUAGCUUGAAGUAGAACAUUUCAGUAUUAAAAAGGACCAAUGGUUGUUGUUUAUCGUACAAUAAAGCACUGCCCCUCAUGGUUUAUUUUCCCUGCAGUGUUUUAUUGAAUGAUAAACAAUGACAAUGACUCAUUCAUUUCUUAUAUGAGAUAUCAACAAUAUGUACGGCCUGUUUAAAAAUGAUGAUAAAAUGUACAAGCUUUAAAAAUAUUUACCCGUAUUUAAAUAAUGAUGACGCCCUCAAUAGAAUGUCCAUUUUAAUAGUCAUGAUCAUCGUCGUUUUUUAAAGAAGAUGUUAGUCAUUAAAUCAAUCUGAUGUGUUAGAUAAUACAUGUGAUACUAAAACAGAUACGUUUAGAACAUUGUGUGUGGUAGCACGUGUUGAUAAUACACUGGAUGUACUCAUCAGCAAAUGAUGCAGAGUGCAUCACAGUAUUAUGAUUCACAGUCUGUCCUCGACAUCAGUUAAUUCAAGGUAUAAGUUUAGUGUAUUAUGAGUUGUUUCCUGAUAACAGAAGAUAUCCCCAUCGUUUUUUUCUGUUAAAAUGGUGAUGAGUCCAUGUGUAGGUAUUAAGACUGUUAUAUAGAUCCCUAACUUACUCAACAUUCAUGUAUAUAUGCAUUAGAAUCUUGUAUAUUGUUUUUUUUUCAAAUUUUUAUUUUAUUUUAUGAGAUCAGCAGAAAUCAAAUGCAAUAAUAGAAGUCAACACAACUUUAUCUUUGUUAGAUUACUUGGUUCAUGGAUGACAAAACAAUUCAACUGUUCUCAAAAACAUUAAUUGAAAAUCGAAAGUUUUACUACUUUACACUAUUGACCUACUUUGAUGUUUCCUUUGCUCAUCCCUGCCAUUGUUAAAAUCGGGUCAUAAGGAGUAAAUUAGCUGUACCUCGAGCGUAUCCUAACAAACAGCUACAAUGGUGAUAAGUCUCUGUGAUUUUGUGCCCGACUGGUUUGGAUCCUUGCUCAUACUUCAGUCACUGGUUUGCAUGGUCGAAACUAGAUAAUAAUAACCCACAACUGUAGGUCUGUUUACCUCAUGCUGUGGAGGUAAACACGAUUCACUUAGUCACAUUCAGUUCUGGAAGUAGUUGGCAAAUAAAUCAGUAAGGAAAACGACCUUAGAAGAUCUUGUUUGGAAAUGGUUUUCAUCAACUUGUGCUUCUCGUCAGAGGUAUCAGUGAUUGUCGUCGAGGUGACAUACAGAUGUCAUGCUCACUGACUUGGUUUAUGCAUGUCAUCAUAUCCCAAUUGCGUAGAUCAAUGCUCAUGACGUCAAUACCUCGAUUGUCGGGUCCAUACUUGAUUAUUUACAGCUGGGAUAUUGCUGAGUGCGGCAUGAAACAAACAAACUAAUAAAAACAGGUGUUAUUUUAGAUUAUCAUUUCUUUAUGUAAACCAAGCAAUUGAAAAUACCAUUUUGCUCUAACAAACUAUGAAUUGUAUUAAGUCUGUGAUAUGUUUUAGAAAAGUGUGAUUUAUGUGUGAUUGUUUGAAGACUGUCGAGCUGACUUUUAAGUUAAGGAUAAGUUAAGUUGUAGUUUAGGCUUCUUUUUUAAGCAACGUUUUUGUUGCCAUUAGUUAUUAUUUCAGCCAAAAAUUUGUUAUGCAUAUGCUGGUACUUCAUGCAUUGCAGUUUGUUUUAUUGUAGGAUGAU